GUGGUUCUAAAAACGAUGACGAUGAUGAUGAAUUCAUGUUUCUCUAUUUUUCUAUUUAUUUUGUCUUCUGUUUAUUUCUUUCAAACAGGUGUGUGCCAGUGUAAAGAAGGUUACACAGGAAGUGAUUGUUCCAUUGAUAAGACUGAGCCACCGAUUGUAGCUGCUCCAUCUGCAUGUGAUAAAGAGAACUGUACCAACUUAAAUGUUGUUGGCAGCAAUUUCUAUAAUGCUUCAGAGAUUACCUGUCAUUAUGAAACAGUGGAGGUCACUCUCGACGGGCUGAAAAUUGGAAGUAGUGUAACAAAAGAAGCCAUCAAUGGUGAAUUUGUUACUCAAUUUAACAUCAAUUGUCCUUUGCCUAAACAAUCGAAUGUUUAUCUCAAGUUAUCGCUGAACAAAAAAUUAAGUGAAGUCGGUGCUGUCUAUCUAACAUCAAAAAUUAAGCAAUGUGUUUCUUGUAAUGAGACCUUAAUUAGUGGAAUAUCAAAAGAAGAAAUUUCAUCUUACUGCAAUGUCCAACAGAGCUGCUGCCUUAUAGAAGGAACGUUUUAUUUAGAAGAUGAAAAGAAUCCCUUGAACCCUGCCUGUGAGUUCUGUGUUUCAGCUACCAGUCGCUCCCAGUGGACAGUUCGCACAGAAAACAGCAAAUGUAAUGCACCAUCUUAUGAUCAAACAAUGCUUAUUGUUGGAAUUGUUAUCGGAGUUGUGCUCUUCAUUUUGACAGUGGUUCUCAUUGUCUUCUUUGUCAAAUGGAGACAAAGAAAGGGAAAAUCAUUUCCAACAGAAGGCAGAAGCAUGAUGGCUGAAUCCAAUUAUGGUUAUGUCUCUUAAUAAAAACAUAACUGACCUUCGUUAUACAUUCACAUUAUUUACAUUCCAAGACAGACCACCACAACUUUCUUAAGCUAUUUGUUAUCUUACCUCCAAGCUUUUUACUUAAUUCGUUUGUAUUUUUUUUUUAAAUUAAUUAAUCUUCUAAUUAUUAUCAUUAUUAAAUCAUUUUGUUUGCAUUUUUUUUAUUAAUUUCUUUUCAAUUAAUAAAUAUUUUCUAUUUUUUGACUUAAUCUAAUUAUAAUGUAAGAAGAUAAGAUUAUGUACAAAAGAACUAAUGCUGCCACUGUAAAUUUACUGAAAUUAUUGUAAGAUAUAUGUAUAUAUAAAUAUACACAUACAGACACAUCACAUCUAUAUAUACACAUGUAUUCACAUGCAUGUAUGUGCAUUGUAUUUAUAUAUACAUUUACAUAAAUCAAGUUUGUAAAAAAAAAAAUCACAUAUAUAAUAAAUAAAAGUUAUUUUCAUGAUUAAA